AUGGAACAUUCGGACGAUGAGGAAGAAGACAGCGAAGAGGACGAUAAUGAAGUGGAAUUCAGAGAGAGCAUUGAAGAGGAACGAGUAGUGGAGUUAGCAAUGGGCGGUUGGAAACUGGAAACGGGACGUUUCUUUGGACUGGUGGCAUUCCCGGUGUUCGCGUUCUGGUUGUUCAAUCAACCGGAUGUAUUCAAGAAAUAUAUGCGUAACUACCAGUUUCCUGAUUCGUCGGCUGGCGAUGCGGAGAUUCUGGCGUUCAAACAGUCGAUAAACGAGAAGCGUCGAAAAGAGGAGUACGAGAAGUUUCUACGUGAGCAAAUGGCGUUCGAGGAAGCGAAACGCUUCCGAGAGGAGCAUAAUAUCUGA